UCGGUAUUGAGUUUUGCUGCGUAGUAGAUUUUAACUGUAUGAUCGACCAAGCAAAGGAUUAAAAGAAGGAUUAAAAGAUGGAAAUCAGUAUCAUUAAGAAGCGUGAGCUGGUUGUUGCUAUUGACUUUGGCAGUACAUAUACUGGCUAUGCUUGGCAGUGGAGGGCAGACUUUCUUAAUAACAGAAGCAAUGUGCAAUUCAACAAUAACUGGGGUACUGGAGCACUACAGCUUCAUAAAACCUCAACGUGUAUGCUAUUGGAGGCGAAUGAAAAGGACGGCGGGAUGGAGUAUAAAGUUGACUCUUUCGGUCAAAUGGCUGAAGAUAUAUAUAAAACUUUGUGCAAAGAAAAUGAAAAUGAUAUACAUGGGAAAUGGUAUUUUUUCAAAAGAUUCAAACAUCUUUUGUAUUCAAAGGGUUUUCAUCAAGAAAUACAAGUUGAGGAUCAGAUUGGUCAACCUUUGCCACUGCUUGACGUUGUAGCCAAAUUCAUUGAAGCCCUGAAGAACCACUUCAUUAAAAAUUUGGAACAGAAGGGACAACAUGUGGAAAUGGAUAAAAUAUUAUGGGUGGUAACGGUUCCUGCAAUUUGGUCUGAUGAAGCAAAAGCAUUUAUGAGAAAAGCUGCAGAAAUGAGUGGUAUCAAAAAGAAGAAUUUACUGCUUGCACUCGAACCGGAAGCAGCGGCCAUAUACUGCAUUCACCUUCCAGAUGAACAGAAAGCGAACAUGAAUGAACUUGGAACACCGGGACAAGUCUUUCUCACAGCAGAUCUAGGAG